AGUCGGCAGCGGGAGAUUGUGGACCUGAGAGGCAGAUCGUCUUAUUCAGAGCCUCACUUAGGACUGUGAAAGCAACACACACACACACACACACACACACACACACACACACACACACACACACACACACACACACCAACUUAAAACAGUUGUUUACUCUUCUCCACUCUCCAGAGGGUCUUGGAGGUCCCUGAAGUGUGUGUGUCUGGUUGGGUGCAUACGGUGGGAGUGUGUGUGUGUUUUCUUUUAUGUGUUGAUGAGUGUGUGGGUGUCUUGCGUCACUUUUCAUGGGACAUUGAGAGAUGUGUGUGUCACAGCGUCGGUGGACGGGCUAUAGGGGGCUGUGCUGCCCCGCCCUCCCCCUGAUCCUCCUCCUCCCUCUGUCCUUCCUCUCCUCCAUGCCUCCGCUCGCUCAGGGAGCCAUCGUCAUCCCCGAUGACUAUAAAGUGCAUAACAUGUCGCAGCCACCGGUCCUGACAGAGAUGCCGCAAUCGUACACGGCCUUUUCUCAUGAGGACAUCAAUCUGCCCUGUGAGGCCUCUGGUAACCCGACACCCAGUUUCCGCUGGGUGAAGGACGGCGUGGCGUUCGGGAAGGAGCGCAAAAAUGUGGGUACGUUGCGAGCCGAAGAUGAAGAGACUCUGGACUCGUACGAAGGCUUCUACCGCUGCUACGCCUCCAACACCCUGGGGACCGCCAUGACACAAUCCAUACAUGUGAUCGUGGAGGCUCAACCAGUUCUUCUAAAACAACAAAAAGUCCAUCAGCAAGCUCUUGAGGGAGAAAGCAUGAUCCUGUCCUGCAACCCUCCAGAGAGCUCGACUCCUCCGCACAUCCACUGGAUGGACAAGAAGAUGGUGCACAUCAAGGAGAACGACAGAGUGAUGGUCGGCCUGGAUGGGAACUUGUACUUUGCUAAUCUGCUUAGGAGCGACAGCAGAAACGACUACUUCUGCAACGCCCAAUAUACUGCAGCCAGGACUGUUCUCCCUAAUACCGCUGUCACCCUCACAGUCUUGCAAACUAAUGAUGUCGUUCAUGGCAGAAAGCCCCACCUCUUCCGUCCCACCGGCUCACACACCUCCAUGCUGGCGCUCAGGAAGCACAGCGUCGUCCUAGAAUGUCUCCCCAAAGGCCUACCCACCCCGAAGGUGGAGUGGAUAAAGAAGGACAGCAGGCUGGAGGACACAAGCGGCAAAGUGGAUUCAGAUUCACACGACCGCCGGCUUCGCUUCGACAGCCUCACCCAGAAUGAUGACGGGGAGUACAUGUGCAGAGCCUUCAACGAGCACGGUCAAACCUCCCACUCCUUCACGCUCACUGUGGAAGCCUCUCCCCACUGGGUGAAGGAGCCUCAGAACCUGCUGUACGCUCCGGGGGAAACUGUGCGGCUGGAGUGUCAGGCUGAAGGCAUCCCGACCCCGGCCAUCACCUGGAGCAUCAACGGUCAGCAGGUCUCAGAGGUGGAUGACGAUCCUCGUCGGAGCGUAUCAGGUGGUGUGUUGAUCCUGAGGGACGUGGAGUUUGCUGACACCGCCGUGUAUCAGUGCGAGGCCACGAACAAACACGGCUCCAUCCUCCUCAACACCUACCUCUAUGUCGUCGAGCUUCCUCCUCAGAUCCUGUCCUCUGAUGGAGUGGUGUACAGUACAACUGUGGGCACUAACAUCAUGAUACACUGUCAAUCCUUCGGCUCGCCACGACCACACAUCACAUGGGAGGGUGAGUACAAGCUUCCUCUGCUGUCGGACCCUCGUGUCGCUCUGAUGACCAAUGGGACGAUCGUGCUGUCCAACGUCAGUCACGAUGACAGUGGAGAGUACACCUGCUCCAUCAAACACACCAACAUCUCCAUCACUGCUCACCUGGAAGUCUACAAUCGGACGGAGAUACUGACGAGCCCGCAGGACGAGCGUGUGCUGAGAGGAGGCAGCGCUCUGCUGGACUGUCGCUUCUACAAAGACCCUCGGCUGCAUAAGUACCAGAUCGUGUGGAGGAAAGGCUCGCAUAAGCUGCAGGAAACGUCAGAUGACAAGCACACUAUCUUUGAGAAUGGCACCCUGAAAGUGACAGACAUCCAAUCAGACGACAGCGCAAGUUACUCCUGUGAGGUCAUCACUGAGCUGGACAUUGUAACAGCCAGUGGCUCCAUCACUGUCGUAGCUCCGCCGGAUCCUCCCAAAAAUCUGUCUCUAUCUAAUGUUGACGACCACAGCCUCACUCUCAGCUGGAUCCCAGGAAACUCACACAACAGCCCCGUCAUAGAGUUCAUCGUGGAGGCCCAGGAGGAGCAGCACGCAGAGGAGGGGAAGCAGAGGUGGGAGGAGUGGGAGAGAGUCCCCGGGGACUUCGACCACCUGGAGCUGACCCUCCACCCCUACUGCACCUACCACUUCAGGGUCAUCGCCAUCAACGAGAUCGACCACAGCGCCCCCAGCAAGCACUCGAGAAACCACAGCACGUCGCCGGCCAUUCCUGACAGUAACCCCACCGGCGUGCGCAGUGAGUCCACAGACCCGAAGACUCUGGUCAUUUCAUGGGAUGAGAUGGACAAGCGCUCGCAUAACGGCCAGGGCUUCCAGUACAAGGUGUUUUGGCAAGAGUCUGGAGUGACAGAUGUCCACUGGAACCACGCCUACGUGCAGUCUCCGCCGUUCUUGAUAAACAACACGGGAACGUACACACCGUUCAAGAUCAAAGUCCAGGCUGUCAACUCACUCGGAGAAGGACCGGCACCGGUGCCUGAGAUCGGACACUCUGGAGAGGACGAGCCUGUGGAAGCUCCCACUGGAGUCACAACUACUGUGAUUGACAGCACGGUCAGAGUCAAGUGGAACGAAGCCCAAAAUGUCCGAGGUCUGCUGAUGGGAUACAAGAUUUACAUCCGGAGGGUGGGUCCACACGACGGUCGUGUCCGGAGGUCUCUUGGAAAACUGCACCAGGCCAAAGAGAAAGAGGGACACUUAGAGCGAGGCAGGGAGAGAGACAGGGAGAGUCGGGUGGUGGUGGUCCACGGCAGGACCACCUCAGAGGAAGUGUCGAGGCUGCAGCUUUAUUCUCGGUACGAGGUGUCCGUCACUGCCUUCAACAGCAAAGGGGAGGGGCCUCACUCCCCCCCGCACCACUUCAGCACCCCAGAGGGAGCGCCUGGUCCUCCUGCAUCGUUGAGGUUUGAGAGUCCUUCAGAGAAAUCGCUGACCCUCUACUGGACCCCUCCAGAGGAAACCAACGGCGUGCUGGUGGGAUACAUGGUGCAGUAUCAACAGGAGGUGGAGACCAGAGACAGCCCGCUGGAGAUGCAGUUCCUCAUCGAUUCCUCUGUGACUCACUUUGAGUUGGAGUCUCUGGACCCGAGCAGCCAUUACAUCUUUAAAGUGAUCGCACGCACCAGCACUGCAGCUGGACCUCCCAUCACACGGAGGGGCGCCACCCUGCUGGACGGAGUUCCUCCAGCCCACAUCAGCAUAGUUUCCAGCAAGACAUCUCUCAACCUGAGCUGGGUGCCCGGAGAGCGAGACAGGAACCACGGCUUCAUCAUCCACUACCUCAGGAAAAGUCCCGGGUGUGAUUGGUCGGACUCAGAGGUGGUGAACUCCACGCAGGGUUUCUAUUCGCUGACAGGCCUCCAACCAGGAUCUCAGUACCAGCUUGUGAUCAAGCACAGAAACGAGACUCAUUGGGAAAAUGUGACAUGGACCAUGGGACCAGCGCCGUCGGAGUUGCCCAGUGGGUUCGCCAACCAAGGUUGGUUGAUAGGACUCAUCAGCGCCAUCCUGCUGCUGGUGAUGAUACUGCUCAUCCUCUGCCUCAUCAAGCGCAGUAAGGGCGGCAAAUACGCAGUGAAGGACAAAGAAGACAAGGAGGUGGACUCUGAGGCUCGGCCCAUGAAGGAUGAGACGUUUGGAGAGUACAGAUCUCUGGAGAGUGAUGCGGAUGAGAAGCGCUCAGACAGCCAGCCGUCUCUGUGCGGGGAGAGUAAGCUGGGCAGCGACGACUCUCUGGCUGAGUACGGAGACAGUGUGGACAUCCAGUUCAACGAGGACGGCUCGUUCAUCGGCCAGUACAGCGGCCGGGGGCCCGUCCCCCCCGGCCACGAGAGCUCUGGUCCCACCUCUCCCGUUAACGCAGUCCCGCCUGUCCCCAUCGCUCCAUCCAUGCCGAGCACCCUGAACCGGCCCAGCUAGACACACACACACACACACACAUUACAAAAAUAACACACAUACACACUGCCUGCCUGCAACAAAACACAAAGGGACAGACCACUCCUGACUGCACUGCCUGUAAUGUUAGUAGUGCACACACACACACACACACACACACACACACACACACACUGUCUCAAUACAUUCCGAAGGUUUAUGCAGUGAAGCUGUUUACAGGAUGUCUCGCCUUUUCUACUCCAAGUUUACACAUUCACACACUCAGAAACACACUCACACCUGCAAGCAAACACACCAAAUGAGAAAGCGCUUCACUCUUCUAUAGGAAACAGAGCUCGCUGCACCAGCUGUUCAUCAAACAUUAGUGUUACGCAGGUCGAGAUGAGUUCUUUCUACAUAUUUAAGUAAUUAAGCAGUUUCAUGUUAAGAAUCCGGGUUCCUCCAACGCGGCCGCAAACGUUUUCUCAGCUUGUUUCUCUGAUGACUUCAGAUCCAGAGGUUUGACGACUGCAAGUCUUUCAUCCGGUUAUAAUAUAUUUAAAAAUGACCCAAGAUCCAAAAGGUGUUUGUAAAAAUGUGGCUUAAAACGGGAAAGAAAAAAAAGGUCAAACACUGGAGGAUGAAACCAGAUGAAACAGACGUAUUUCUCUCGUUGUAGUUUGAAACAAGCAACAGCUGGUGCAACGGUCCAGCAGAGGAAGUUACCCUGACAAAAGGGAAAUCUCAUCUUGUCAUCGUGUACAAACAUGUAUUCUGUUUCAUUAACACAUUUAAAGUCAUAUUCAUUGUUUUUGUAUAAACACACCACUUUCAGUUAUAUUUGUUACUUCUCGUCACCACUCUGUGUCUUUGUUUAUGCUGUUUACGAGCUAUUUAUUUGUGUUUGUGUGCAUGCGUCUGAGGGUGAUCUUGCUAUUUAUUGAUGUGUGCGCGUCUAUCAGAGCGGCUCCCUAACCUAAGAUGCAUGCCCCUCGCUGAGGCAUUUAAAAAUCAAGAAGUUGAUAUAUAGCGUAUGAGUUUAAAGACUGUUACUUUGUGUGUCUGUGUGUGUGUGUGUGUGUGAUUGUUCACGCUCUCCCUCCCUGCUCUGUAACCUGCAGGGAUGGGAGAUCAGUUGCCUUAAGAGAGUCCAGUUGAGCCUCCUCUCCUCCCUCUGUCUGUCCAUCUGUCUGUCAAUCAUUUCUCCUCACACACAUUACUUUCCCAUCAUCCUCCUGUUUGCUCAGCAGGUAUAUUGCGGGACCAGGAUGCUACGGUGGCCCUGAGAGCUCAUAGCACUUCAAACACCUGCAAACACGGAACACAGCGGAAACUGUUUAAUUAACUUCAUGGCAAUUAGCGUCGUGUUUUUAUGUUUUGACAUUCUGAUUCUACAACAGUCUCACAAAUGUGUGACUUUAUAAUUUCAGAGAAUAUUCAAGUUUCUUUCUCGUAAAUGUGGGAGUCUUUUCUCUUGAAUUUACCUUUUUAAUCCCUGAGAAGUUUUUUCUUGUAGAUUUACAACUUUUUACGACAUUUUUCUAUGAAUAGUACCCCCCCCCCCCCCCCUCCCUCUCUAAUUAAUGAUCCUUUUUUACCUACAAUGGCUCUUAAUACACCGUCGUAUGAAUCACAUAUUAUGUAAUAUUAUUUAAAUUGGUAAACUAAAUUGUUUCGUAUGUUUCCAUGUGUUUUCUUAAGUCGCAGUGGAUUGAGCUUUCAAGGCCACCGUAGAAUGUGAUUACAGACAGAAACACACUCCUAUGCACACACACACACACACACACAUAUAUACUGAUGCAUGCAUAAAGUGGAGGACAAUGGAAACCAUAUGGAGGGCCGGUCCUCUGUAGCAAAACCAUAUGGGACCCUCUGAAGGAGAGAGGAAGAGGAGGACAGACAAACACGAGGAGGAGUCGUCGACAGAAAUAGGGAAUCUGACGUAUCGUUCUCUGAAUGUAAAUACAACCUUGAGAAUGUCGUUUUUUUAUUUCCAUUGCUUCUUUUAUAAGAUGAUCAAAUUGUAAUCGUUUUUUAUUAUUAUCUGUUGCUCUGUUUGAUUUUGUACUGCAGUGCUUCUUCACUGAACUGCUGCAGCCUUUGUAUCAUACACCCCCCCCCCCCCCCCCCCCCCCACCAUCGUGUCCUCUUAGGUUUUCCUCUUGUGUCACUUAGUAGCCCAAAGACAUUUAUAGAAGACUAGAAUUAUAGCAAGAACAACUCCCCCCCCCCCCUUUAUUGAGUUCCUUCAUAGCGCUUAGAGAUGCAGCAGAUAAAAUUGAUUAUUAAGAAGUCAUGUCAUAGUUAACAUUUAUCCACGUCGCCAUGGCAGCGCUGUUUUAAUGGAUGGACCGCUACUGGAAAUUAAUCGUAGUACUUAGAGGGUUUAUUUUUGUGGCUCCGCUGUGCCAGAUAAACUCAAUCUGACAAAGUAUGUGAACCAUGUGUGUUUGAACCCAGAGCUGAAGCUUGUUUUUACUGUUUGUGGAGCAGAGAGGGACGGGAGGGACGAGCCUGAUGAGUCACGUCACAUAUACAUAUAUUUUCUGUUCUUAUUACUGCCACAACAAAACAAUAACCAACGAUGUAUUAGUCCGUCUCAAUGCUUUCUGACUUCCUGUCUGUGGCUCUCAGCUCCAAACCCAUUGGUUCCCACUGAAGAUGUCAAUAUUUUUUUUAUCUCCUCCAGCCAUUCUUAAAUAUUAAUGAUGUGGGUUUUCCACAAAACAAUUAAUUUACAAUAAGAAAAACAAAUACAUAGUUUUAUUUAUUUUUUCUAAAGGCUCAGUAAUUUCCUAAAACGGCUGCUCACUGUAGUUUUUAUCAAACAAACGGGAGGAAAUAGUGCUUUUGUUGGGGACUAUUUUCAGUGGCGGAUUAAUCGAGUGAGUAUUAGUGGCAGCAGGACGGUGUGUGUGUGGGAUGGAUUCAAAACAAACUGCAGUGUGUGUGUGUUCAUGGUGAUGGAGGAACACGUCAGUGCAACAGUGAGACUCACUGAUGUGUUUUUAAUAGUUUUUUGACAACAAUGGAGCUCUAUGGAGGACAUUACAUGUUAACCAGCAGUCAGGAGUUUAAAAUGAUCACAAGGCCACACAAAAGUCCUUUUUAUUGCUACACAGCUCCCGAGCACCACCACAGCUUCACGCCACAGUUUUGCAAAAGCUCAGUUUUCUGCGUAUACACUAAGAACAGCCAGCGUUUAAAGACGUAUACACUCUGGAGAACGUUCUGGAACCCUUUGUUUUUGUGCAAGAACAACAAUGUUAUUGUCUGGACGGAGGGCUGAGAACUAAUUAGUGUUGACAUACUCUUAGUUUGGAGGUCUCAUCCCCAACACCUGUCCUUGUCCGGUUUAUGUUGGAAUCAACCUGUGAAACAAAAUGUCACAUGAACAUGAAGCUCCUUCAUUAGUGUUUUGUAUAAUAAUCCGCAGUCCACCCUUCAACACGUUGCCUUGUUAAACGUCUCCCCGGUCUCGGCCCGGCUCCUGUCUGUCUCUCUGCUCCUAAUGCUGCCUGUCUGUCUGCCUGUCUGUCUGUCUCUGUCGCAGCCUUCUUUUAUACAUAUAAACAUGUUGGGGGAAAGAAAACACAACAUAAAAACUAGCAAAAAAUAAAUUUAAAAAAGACAAAAAAAAUGUAGGUAUAAAUAAUAACAAUACUGCUAUUGAUAACAACAGUGCUACUAUCAGUUACGAUGAUGUCGUCAGUAGCAAAGAUGCCAUCAGUAAGUA